AUGCUGAUGCUCGGUCUGCUGCUGCUGCUGCUGCCGGUUGCUGCCGCCGACCUACCGGGAGGGACAGCGGCCGUUCCGCCGGUCCUUGGCCCGGGGCUCGGCGGCGGCUUCUCUCCCUCCGCCUCGCCGCUCCUCCACCUCCCGCAGCCCCGCGCCUCGGAGUACGGAGCGCCCUCCUCCGGUGUCGCCUUGGCCCGGUCCGCGGCGGAGGAACCGUCCGGCCCCGGUCAGGAGGAAGAUGCACCGGGGGAGCAUCACCAUCACGGCGGCGGCGGGUUCCGGGUGGUCCAAUGGGAGUGGAGCUACGUCCAGACUCCGUACAUCAUUGCCACCUGGCUACUGGUGGCCAGCGUAGCCAAAAUAUUGUUCCACUUCUCCCAGCGGUUCACCACGGUGGUGCCGGAGAGCUGCAUGCUGAUCCUGCUGGGUCUGGUUCUGGGCGGGAUCGUGCUCAUAGCCAAUAAGAAGCAGCUGUACCAGCUAGAGCCCGCCCUCUUCUUCCUCUUCCUGUUGCCGACCAUCGUCGGCGACGCCGGCUACUUCAUGCCGGCGCGCCUCUUCUUCGACAACCUGGGCGCCAUCCUGACCUACGCCGUGGUCGGCACGCUGUGGAACGCCUUCUGCACCGGAUUCUGCCUGUACGCCGCCAAACUGCUGGGGGUCAUAGGUCAGCAGACCUGGAUGGACUUCCUGAGAUUUGGCGCCCAGACACACACACAGUCGACCCAUAUAUACACUGCCGUGUUUGAAGAAGUUCACGUCAACGACACGCUCUUCAUCAUCGUGUUUGGAGAGUCGCUGGUUAAUGAUGCUGUCACCGUGGUUUUAUAUAAAGUCUACAUUUCCUUCGUGGAGGUCGGAGCGGAGAAUGUUCUGACGGCAGAUUACUUCAAAGGAGUCGCCUCCUUCCUGAUAGUGAGCAUCGGAGGGACUCUGGUGGGUCUGGUGUUCGCCGUCGUGCUCGGCUUCAUCACGCGCUUCACCAAGAAGGUCCGAAUCAUCGAGCCGCUGCUGGUCAUCCUGAUGGUCUACCUGGCGUACCUGACCGCCGAGCUCUUCUCGCUGUCUGCCAUCCUGUCUAUGACCUUCUGUGGUAUCGGGGCCAAUAAGUACGUGGAGGCCAACAUUUCCCAGAAGUCUCGGACUACAGUGAAGUACACGAUGAAGACUCUGGCCAGCAUCGCUGAGACCAUCAUCUUCAUCUUUCUGGGUAUCUCGGCCGUGGACAAGUCCAAGUGGGCCUGGGACACUGGCCUGGUAUCCUGCACCCUCAUCUUCAUCUUCGUCUUCAGAGCCGCAGGUGUGAUUGGCCAGACCUGGGUUCUGAACCGAUUCCGCCUCGUCCCAUUGGAUAAGAUCGACCAGGUGGUGAUGUCGUACGGUGGCUUGCGGGGGGCAGUGGCGUUCGCUCUGGUGGUGCUGCUGGACGGCCAGCAGGUCAAAGCCAAGGAUUACUUCGUCGCCACGACGAUCGUGGUCGUCUUCUUCACCGUCAUGUUCCAGGGUCUGACCAUCAAACCUCUGGUCAACUGGCUUAAAGUCCCUCGCUCCACCAGCAGGAAGCCGACCAUCAACGAGGAGAUACACGAGAGGGCCUUUGAUCACAUUCUGACAGCAGUGGAAGACAUUGCAGGACUGCAGGGAUACCACCACUGGAGAGACAAGUGGGAGCAGUUUGAUAAGAACUACCUGAGUAAGCUGCUGCUGAGGAAGUCUGUGUACAGGAAGAGUGAACUGUGGGAGGCCUAUCAGAAGAUCAACAUCCGGGAUGCCAUCAGUGUCAUCGACCAGGGUGGGAACGUCCUGACCUCAGCCAGACUGUCUCUUCCCUCGAUGGCUAGCAGAGCCUCGUUCCCCGAAGUCACCAACGUCACCAACUACCUGCGAGAGAACGGCAGCGGUGUGUGUCUGGACCUCCAGGUGAUCGAUAACGUCCCGGGAGCCAAAGUGGAAGAAGACUCGGAGACGCACCAUGUCCUCACAGGGAACCUGUACAAGCCCAGGAGACGGUAUCAGUCCCACUACAGCCGUCACUUCAUGCCUCUGGGGGAGAAGGAGCGCCAGGACCGGGAGGUGUUUCAGAGGAACAUGAAGAUCCGCAUGGAGACGUUCAAAUCCACCCGACACAAACGCCACAAGAAGGAGCGCAGCCUCAAGAAGCGGCGAGGAUCAGACAUCAAGGAGGACGGCUGCGACAAACCCCGACGCAACGUCAGCUGGCACGACAAGAAUCCGGUGGUGGUUGCCGUGGAGACCGAUGAGGACCGAGCUGAACAUUCAGACCUCGAGAAGGAGGAAGACGUCGGGAUCACCUUCGUCGCUCGCAAGGUGGAGACGCCAAAACAACCACCCAAAUCAGUCCCUCCGCUGACCCCCCCCCCCAGCGGUGACAGAAGCCACCUCCCGUGGAAGGCGAGCGUGGGCUCGGCCCCCCCUUGUGUGUCGGUGGAGGCGACUAAGAUCAUCCCGGUGGACCUGCAGCAGGCCUGGAACCAGAGCAUCUCGUCCCUGGAGAGCAUCUCCUCGCCACCGGCCCCCCCCGAGCCGCUGCACCCCCGCGUCAGUGCACUGGCCAGACUGGGGGGGGCGCGGCCGGCCUCCUACACGCCACCGGGCAGCGCCGCCGGCAGCGCAGCCGGCAGCGCAGCAUCCAUUGCCGUCGGAGCGCAGCUGCCACAGGGCUCGUUCUGCUUCCCCGAGAGGAAGAAGAAAGAGGAGGAAGAGGAGGAGGAGGAGGAGAAAGAAGAGCAGGAGGGGGGGGUGCAGGAGCUGCAGCCCCUCAUGGCGUCUCUGAGGCCGCCGGCGCCGCCCGGCCCCACGCCAACCACCGGGGGGAGGAGGAACCCCUGUGUCUACCUGAGGAGCCUGGUGACCACCCCACAGCCAGGCAGUGGAGAGCUGCACAGCAGGGGGCCCACACAGCUGUAA